AUGGCAAUCACCUACAUUGAGACCGACGGCGGCAAGCUUGCAGUGGAGGUCGAGGGCCAGGGUCCGCUUGUCAUCUGCUCGCCUGGCAUGGGCGACACCCGAGAAGCCUACGCCCCGAUGGCUGCUCAGCUCGUGGCCGCCGGCUACCGCGUGGCCCGCGUCGAUCUGCGUGGACACGGCGACAGCACCGCAAACUUCAACCGCUACGGCGACGAAGCGACCGCCGACGACUACCUCACAAUCAUUCAAACACUGGGCGCAGACCGCGCUGUGCUCGCAGGUGCCUCGAUGUCGGCCGCUGCGGCUUACAUUGCGGCAGGAAAACAGCCUGACAAGAUCGCCGGCCUGGUACUGAUUGGAGCCUUCCUCCGCAAUGGUGGGAGCAAGAUGAUGCUCUACGUCUUACGUAUGGCACUCCUACAGCCUUGGGGGCCUACUGUAUGGCGCAGUUAUGCCUCUGGCCUCUGGCCUGGUCUUGGCGAGAAGGCGGCGGCGGAGCGCGCGGCCACGACAACUGCAAUGCUGACGCGACCGGGGAGAUGGAGCGCCUUUCGCUCCACCGUGGCCGGCUGCGACCAUACUGUGGUUGAGCCCUAUCUUGGCAAGGUGAAGGUGCCAGGUCUGGUCGUCAUUGGCGAGUCCGACCCGGACUGGUCUCAGCCUUUGGAGGAGGCCAAGUGGGUUGCAUCCAACUUCGAAGAUGUUGAGACUAUUGCCGUGACUGGUGCUGGUCACGCCCCUCAGUUUGAGAAUCCUGACGUUGUCACACCAGGAGUUAUUUCCUUCCUGAGCAAGAUAACUUUUUAG